GCCACUCAGACCACAAGCACACGGACACGCAAGCACACUCAAACUUACGCUCAAAUGUAACACUUGUGGUACAUUUUCCGUCAUCUGACUGGCUGUUCAUAUCAUUCAAGUGAGAAAAGUUUCAUUCCCAUUGACUGAAAAGCUAAGAUCGACGCUUAGUAACUGGCUCCAAGGACACACAUACGAUUGGUGUCAAUUAAUGAUGCGCAGGUGUAGCAGUGUGGUGGUGGUGGUGGUGGUGGUGACAGCGUGUUUCCUGCCGUGUGUUAGCACAUCACACCACAUCGAGUCAGAAGAAGACGACAGCUGUAGUGAAGGAGACGAGGGCUGCAUCUGCUUCUACGAGGACACUGAGGACGACGAAGAACGAGAACAAGAUGCUGAAGUGAGGAGUCGACGGAAGCGAUUUUUAUUUUUCGCACCUGAUCGAGGGUUAACUCUUCCUCUUGGUUCAAGUCUCACAAUUAUUGUUCAAUUAGAAAUCACCUUAAGACGUUAUCCUCCAAAGAACUUCAGCUUCGUCUUGAGAAACGCCACCUCCACUGUCAUGAGAGUGACGAUUCCUCUGAAAUUGAAUUUCGAUGAAUUCCGCGUGACGUCUCCCCUGAAUACCUUCGGCACUUUGGGCCUAUUCCGGGGAAGGCGCAGGAGGAAACGGAUGGCGGCUGGUGCAUUGCUUGCCAGUGACAUAGUCAGGCCUGGCGGGGAGAGGCCGGCGAUGUACGCAGCCAUUGAAGAGAUUUUAGGGAGUGUGGGCUUGCCAGGGCGGCCGUGUUUGCUACGUAAUGUGUGUGAAGUAUUCCAAGUACCUUUGCCGAACCACGGUUUUUUCGGGGAGGUCUUGAAUAUGUUGUUGAGCCCUAGCCGUGCCCCUUCUGAGCAAAGAGGGCUUCUACAGGAUUAUCUGCAGGCUGAGAGGGUAGGCCGCACCACUGGAGACUGUUCGGCCUACCACGCUGCCUGUUCCAAUAGCCUGUAUACAGACCCUGAACUGCCUCUUGAAGGAGAGUAUGAAGAGUAUGAGGAUGACUUCCAAGAAGGGGAAACCUGUUCUUUUCCAAAUACAAGAAACUAGGACCAAGUAAGUAACAAAGAAGACAGUAAUAAUAGGUACACGUUACCUGGAAGACAUUAAUGAACUGGUAAUUUUUAUCAUAUAAAAAGCUAAAAAAAACAAAAAACAAAAAAGUAAAGGAGGAGAAAGAGAAGGAGAAAGAGGAAGAUUUUAAUUUUACAUGAGAGAGAGAGAGAGAGAGAGAGAGAGAGAGAGAGAGAGAGAGAGAGAGAGAGAGAGAGAGAGAGAGAGAGAGAGAUUCCUAUUAUAUAUGAAGUUAUUUCUAUUAUAUUACUACUGAUGUUUUUAUGUUUUUUUGUUGCUCUUGUUUUUGUUACUAUUAUGUCCAUGACAAAGCCAAAUUACUUAAAAAAAUAGUUGUGGAAAUAAAAGCAUAGCAGUUUCCAUACUGCAAAUGACAAUAACUGGAGAAAGAAAGUCAAUGUAGGACAGUUGAUUAUAUGAACCAAUA